AUGCCUUUCCCCUUUCUUCAACUGGCUACCGAAAUCCGUCUACCAAUAUGCAGGCUCCUUCUGCCCUACUCUGAGUAUGAUGUUGAGGCCCAAAAAGACGAUUGUCCGGUCAGGUGGUACUCAGGCCAGUACCGUUGUCCGAGCAUCCUUUUGGUGAACCGCCAGAUCCAUCUAGAGGCUGCAGAGAUACUGUAUUCCGAGAACUUCUUUGCCAUCUACGUCAGACAUCCGCGGGAUCCACGCCUGCCCAUGAACGAAAGUCGAGCGGACCCGGAAUCAUUCAUGUUCGUUUCCUGGGCCAAGUCUCCCGAGGCAAAGAUGAACCGGGCUUGGGCGCAUCCACAAAAUCCAAGAGUCCCUUGCUCUAUCCUGGGACAUCACCAUAGUUUUCACCAUAUCCGAAAAUUCCACGUUAGUCUGCCGUCCUUCGAUGGUCUCUCUGGUGUCGACAUGUUCAUGAAGAAGACGUCAUUUGCUGCGUUCAAUGGUGUCAGUGCUUGGAUUGAAAAUUGUGCCAAAAAAGGAGACUACCUCGAUGUUGCCGAAAAGGAGCGGAUGUCUAUCGUACAGCAAUUCAAAGAUCCAAUUGACGAGCUUGGAAGACUGCUUCAAACUUCGGAAAGAAUCGAUCAAUUAUGCGUAAGCGUCCAAGCAUCGAAGUUCCAUAUCACGUUUCUUGAAUAUCUGCUUGAAGAACUGUUGAAAGUCGGCGAGGUUGGUGGCGCAGCUUGCUACUUCGCUCCGUCCCUCCUACAUCCUCAUACGCGAAUGCUUUGGGGGAACCUCGAUUAUUCUCAGCUGAGGAGGUGGGAAUAUCUCCUACAAUUGACGCCCAAAAAGCAAAGGGAAAAGUCUCAAUUACCGCCAGAAGUGGACGAUAUGUAUCGGUUGCUGCUCGCGAUCCGGACUUACCAACAGCUAGGUUCUAUACCGAUGCCUGACUGGCUCUCCCCAAUGCCAGCAUAA